ACCGACAGCCUCAUCAGCACCAGGAUGGUGGAGCCCCCCCAUGCCGAGAGCCGAGCCUCCGAGCUGCCGGCCCCCUGCACCAUCCGCUUGGACCGGGAGAGCAUCGGUGCCAUCGGGAGGCUCCGGAGCCUGUGGGACAUCCACAGCCUCUACCUGCAGCGGAACCAAAUUGAGAAGAUCGAGAACCUGAGCAGCUUCCCCAGCCUGCGGUUCCUGUCCCUGGCUGGGAACCGCAUCCGCAGAGUGGAGAACCUGCAGCCCCUGCAGCACCUGCGCGGCCUGGACCUGUCCCACAACCGCAUCCGGACGCUGGACCCAGCUGAGCUGCCCCGCAGCCUCCGUCUGCUCGACCUAACAGGAAACGAAUGCACCCACCAGCAGGGAUACAGGGAGCUGGUACUGGGUGCUCUGCCCCACCUCCUGCAGCUGGAUGCUCAGCCCAUCCAUGGCAGUGUGGAUGAGCAGGAGGAGGAAGGAGGCUCCUGCAGCAGUGAGGAUGAAGACGAUGAGUUGCUUUCUGCGCCAAGCAGCCCUUUCACUGCAGGCAAAGAUUUCUUUGCGGAUCUCCACCAGGAGCUGGCCAGGCACUCUGAGAGGAGGAGGAGGGAGGCCCUGCAGGAACAUCAGACCCGUCUGGAAGAGCUGGAGGAGCUGCGAGAGCGCCGGGAUCUGCUGCUGCCACCCAUGCCACUGAACCCACGCAGCAUCACGGCCCCGGGCCCCCGGCAGCAUCAGUCCCAUCCCCAGGUGAAGCAGGGGACACCACUGCCACUGCUGCCCCAGCGAGCUCCCAGCAGGAGCCAGCCCCAGACCAAGGCUCUGGAAGAGAACACUUGUGCCAAGGGAGCAAGAAACAAAGAGUUGCCCCCAAUACCCAGCAGCAGCACAGCACCACGCGGUUGGGAUUAAAGCUUCUUUAUUCCUACACCAA